GGGCGGGGGCGCCGCACUCAGGGGCUGUCAGGGGUCGCGGCCUCUGCCACCCCCACCCGAGCUCGCGGUCCUCCGAGCCCGCCUCCGAGGGCCCCCGAACCUUGUCCCCACCCCGGGGUCGCCCUUCGUCUCGGUGUGCUGUGGCCGGGUGUGCUGAGUCACUCGCAGCACUUCACCGGGCACCUGGCGGACGUCGAUUGCAUUACGUUGGAAAUGCUUGUUGGACCCUGAAGUGUAGGGGACGGUGCACAUACACGGUGGUGCAGGGGGCUGAGACGAUGAAUGGUCCUGGAGGACACGUGCCAUCGGCAGGACUUCAACCCCAACGAGUACGACCUGAAGGCUCUGCAGAGGAGGUGUGAGUGGAGAUGCCCUCACGUCAUCCCAGAUCUCUGCCUCUUGCCACCGAGAAUCCUAGGGCCAGUGCUGGGCUGUCCCCUGGCAUCCUGUCACAGAGCUGUGUGCCCUUUCUUUGCUCUCCCUGAACCUGCCUGAGAUCUCCACGUGGUGCCUGGUUGGACUGUUACAACAGGUUUCAGAGGAAUGUGCUUGACCUCUCUCUCCAGUGGAGAUUUGCCAAUCUGCCCAAUAACGCCAAGCUGGAGAUGGUGCCCAUCUCCCGGAGCCGCGAGGGGCCCGAGAACAUGGUGCGCAUUGCUCUGCAGUUGGAUGAUGGCUCCAGGUUGCAAGACACUUUCUGCUCAGGCCAGACACUCUGGGAGCUUCUCUGCCGUUUUGCCCAGAUCAGGGAGUGUCUGGACCGGCCGUAUGAGGCCAGCCCCGUUUGCGUGUACAUGAGAGAUGAGGUGACCGGUAGAGCCGCCUUGCAGAGCACGACGCUGCAGUCACUGGGCCUCACCGGGGGCAGCGCCAUCAUCAGGUUUUCCAUGAAGAGACAUGAUUCCACUGGCAGGCAGGAGCCUGGGGUCUCCUGGAGCAGAAGCCCAGGAAGCCCGACCCCUUCCUUGUCGGCCGACCAGGCAGCCAGCAGCCCUCCGUUUCCACUGAAUUCAGCGGAGCUCAGCCAGGGCGAUGUGAGCCAUCAGGAUGAGGCAGCGAGCCCGGGGGCUGGCCGCGUGGAUGGCCUGGGCCCGAAGCCGGUGGACGCUCAGGCAAAGCAGAUCUCGAAGGAGCCCACACCAGCCCCCUUUGUUCCUUUCUCGGGUGGGGGACAGCGACUGGGGGGCCCCUCCGGGUCCGUGAGGCCUCUGAUGUCAUCUUCAGCCAAACUGCCAAAGUCCUUCUCCAGCCCUGCAGGCCCCUCCCAGCCAAAGAAGUCGAGGCCUGGCCAGGAGCCCCAGCCGGAGCUGGAGCUGCCAGUGGACCGAGACCCCGUGGUGUGCCACCCUGACCUGGAGGUGCUGCUCCAGGCCUGGCCUGCAGAGCUGCCUGACGAGUUCUUCGAAGUGACCGUGGAUGAUGUCAGAAGACGUUUGGCCCAGCUCAAGAGUGAACGGAAGCGCCUGGAAGAAGCCCCCUUGGUGACCAAGGCCUUCAGAGAGGCUCAGAUGAAGGAGAAGCUGCAGCGCUACCCUAAGGUGGUCUUGAGGGUCCUGUUUCCUGACCGCUACAUCCUGCAGGGCUUCUUCCGCCCCAGCGAGACCGUGGGGGAUUUGCGGGACUUCGUGAGGAGCCACCUGGGCAACCCCAAGCUGCCGUUCUACCUGUUCAUUGCUCCUCCAAAAACCAUCCUGGACGACCACACGCUGACCCUCUUUCAGCAGCCGUCUCCUUUCAUCCGUCAGCUCGCCCUGGAGCCGUGGGGCCUCUGCUCGAAGUGGCGUCCCUGCCCGCCCGCGAUCAGAGAGCUGGCAGGGCUCAGGGAAGGAAGGCUUCCUCCCUCCUGCGGGCAAACCUCUUCCCUGCUGCCCUUGUGCACUUUGGACCUGAGGAGCCAACAGGCAUCUACCUGGAGCCCACGCUGCUGGAACACACCAUUUCCCCGUCUGCAGCUGACGUGCUGGUGGCCAGGUCCAUGUCCAGGGCUGCUGGAACCCCACCCCCGCCACCAGCCCCUGACCCUGCGCCCGUUGAGUUGGAGCCAACUGCUGAAGAAGGGGCAGUGGGCCCCCCUGAGCCCAGCCCUGGGACGGCCCAGCCAGUGAGGAGGGGUCUGGGCAAGGUGCCCAAGUGGCUGAAGCUGCCAGCCAGCAAGAGGUGAGAGCCACCAGCCCAGAGGUGCCACUCUGCCAGCCACAGGACCCCUGCCCACCCUGAGCGGGAAUAAACAUGCAAGCCUCUCUUGAGACCCUCCUGUCGUCCUUUCCAGGGCAGAGGCCCUCGGUCCUCUGACCCACGGCCCUCCUCCUGCUGCUGCCCCUGCGCCGCGUCCCCAGCCGCGGGCCUCCAGCCUGGCUGGACGGUGACGUGGGCCUGGGAAGCUGCUUGCUGGGGCUUGUUCUCCUUAACGAGGGCACAGGUGUCUGCCCUGAACCGCCUGC